UGAAGGUAAUGCAGCAUGCAGCGCUUCAUCUCCGCAUCGCUCCAGCAGCAGCAGCUGAUCUCAAAGCGGUGGUGAACAGGAGGGAGGAGGACGUAUGUCGAUUCGCCAAGGUGCCUGGAAAACUGAAGGAAACGCUGCAAGGGACAGCUUCUAGAUAUCUCGGGGCCUGCCAAUUAGGACUCCGUUCAGGGUCGAUUACAUCGGUUUUUAAUUCACUGUGAAAUAGAGCCUGUUAUUUAUCCCACAAGAUGGGCAAUCGGGGAAUGGAGGACUUGAUUCCUCUGGUAAACAGACUGCAGGACGCCUUCUCUGCCAUCGGACAAAAUGCCAACCUGGACCUUCCUCAGAUCGCUGUGGUCGGCGGCCAAAGUGCUGGGAAAAGCUCGGUUUUGGAGAACUUCGUUGGGAAGGAUUUUCUGCCUCGUGGCUCUGGUAUUGUCACUCGGCGCCCCCUAGUGCUGCAGCUUAUCAACUGCCCUACUGAAUAUGCUGAGUUUUUGCAUUGCAAAGGGAAGAAGUUUACAGAUUUUGAUGAGGUUCGUCAGGAAAUUGAAGCAGAGACCGAUCGCAUCACUGGCCAAAACAAAGGCAUUUCACCGGUUCCUAUCAAUCUGCGCGUCUGUUCGCCUCAUGUUUUGAAUCUCACCCUUGUGGACUUGCCUGGGAUGACCAAAGUGCCAGUAGGGGACCAGCCACAUGACAUUGAGUUUCAGAUCAGGGAAAUGCUAAUGCAGUUUGUGACGAAGGAGAACUGCUUGUUGCUGGCCGUGUCUCCGGCCAACUCUGACCUGGCCAAUUCAGAUGCCCUCAAGAUUGCCAAGGAGGUGGACCCUCAGGGUUUGAGAACUAUAGGUGUGAUCACUAAAUUGGAUUUAAUGGAUGAAGGAACCGAUGCACGUGACAUCCUGGAGAACAAGCUUCUUCCUUUACGUAGAGGCUACAUUGGGGUUGUGAACCGCAGUCAGAAAGACAUUGAUGGCAAGAAGGACAUCACUGCUGCAAUAGCGGCGGAGAGGAAGUUCUUCCUCACCCAUCCAGCCUACCGUCACCUGGCCGAUCGCAUGGGGACUCCGUACCUGCAGAAAGUUCUUAACCAGCAAUUAACUAACCACAUCCGAGACACUCUGCCAGGACUGAGGAACAAACUUCAGAGCCAGCUACUGUCCAUUGAGAAAGAGGUGGAGGAGCACAAGCACUUCCGCCCUGACGAUCCUUCCCGCAAAACCAAGGCUCUGCUCCAGAUGGUGCAGCAGUUUGCGGUGGAUUUUGAGAAGUGCAUUGAGGGUUCAGGAGAUCAGGUGGACACAGUGGAGCUGUCUGGAGGUGCGAGGAUCAAUCGCAUCUUUCACGAGCGCUUCCCCUUUGAGCUGGUUAAGAUGGAGUUUGAUGAGAAAGAGCUGCGUAAGGAGAUCAGUUACGCCAUCAAGAACAUCCACGGUAUCAGAACCGGUCUGUUUACUCCAGACAUGGCUUUCGAGACUAUUGUUAAACGGCAGAUUGCAAAGAUCAAAGAGCCAUGUCAGAAAUGUGUGGACCUUGUCAUCACUGAGCUGGUCAAUACAGUCAGGCAGUGCACCAAGAAGCUGGCUCAGUACCCCAUGCUUAGAGAGGAAAUGGAGAGGAUUGUCACCCAGCACAUUCGAGAUCGAGAGAGUCGCACCAAGACCCAGGUCAUGUUGCUAAUUGACAUCGAGUUAGCAUACAUGAACACCAAUCAUGAGGAUUUCAUCGGUUUUGCAAAUGCCCAGCAGAGAAGCAGUCAGAUGAAUAAGAAGAAGGCUGCUGGCAAUCAGGAUGAGAUAAUGGUGAUCAGAAAGGGUUGGCUGACCAUCAAUAAUAUUGGCAUCAUGAAAGGAGGAGCCAAGGAAUACUGGUUUGUCCUGACCGCUGAGAAUCUGUCCUGGUAUAAAGAUGACGAGGAGAAAGAGAAGAAGUACAUGCUGCCAUUGGACAACCUGAAGCUCAGAGAUAUAGAGAAGAGUUUCAUGUCCAGCAAGCACGUGUUUGCUCUCUUUAACACUGAACAAAGGAACGUGUAUAAAGACUACAGGCAGCUUGAGCUGGCAAGCGACACUCAGGAGGAGGUGGACAGCUGGAAGGCCUCCUUCCUGCGAGCUGGAGUUUACCCAGAGCGCAUCACUGACAAAGAGAAGCAGAGUGAUGCCAGUGAGGAGAACGGCUCAGAUGGCUUCAUGCACUCCAUGGAUCCUCAGCUUGAGAGGCAGGUGGAGACCAUCAGGAACCUUGUGGAUUCCUACAUGGCCAUUGUCAACAAGACUGUGCGGGACCUCAUGCCCAAGACCAUCAUGCAUCUCAUGAUCAACAACACUAAGGAAUUCAUCCAUGCUGAGUUGCUGGCUAACUUGUACUCAUGUGGAGACCAGAACUCUCUGAUGGAGGAGUCAGCAGAACAGGCUCAGCACAGGGAGGAGAUGCUGCGCAUGUACCACGCUCUGAAAGAGGCCCUCAACAUCAUCGGGGACAUCAGCACCACCACUGUCUCCACUACCAUGCCCCCGCCGGUGGAUGACUCCUGGCUGCAGGUACAAGGAGGACCUUCAGGGCGCAGAUCUCCAAUGUCUAGUCCUACUCCCCAGCGUCGGGCCCCUCCAGGGCCUCCUCGUCCAGGUGGGCGCACUGCCCCAGGACCCCCUACCGCUGGAGCACCUCCUGUGCCAUCCAGACCCGGGGCCUCUCCUGACCCCUUCGGCGGCCCCCCGCCCCAGGUCCCCUCUCGUCCAAACCGCGCCCCACCAGGUGUCCCAAGCCCUUCUGCCCUGACCUGAUCCCCGGUCUUUAACACAAGAAAGACAGAUCAGUAUCACUCUUCCUGCUAUUUCUAUUUCUCUCGCCUGUCAACAUCCAUUACUUUUUCUCAGCUUUCACACUCCUACACACAGUCUAACUCAGAAACCUGCACUCACAAACCACUCACAUUUUCAGCUAUGCUGGUUUUCUUUCUCCAUUUCCUUGCCAUGUUCAUAUUCAUUCAGACAUUGUUUUAAAUCAUUCAGUUCAUGUAUUGUUUGUACUGUAUACUGUAACAUCGGUGCAUCAGCUUUGUGAGAUCAUUCUCUCAUGAUAUACAUGUUUGGGAGGUAAAUGUGAGGAAUACUGACCAGUUAAACAGGACAAACCAUGGAGAUAAUAAGUUUUUGCUUCCUCCCGUUGCCUCGUUUCUGUCGACCCAUGUUCUCCUCAAACGCAGUCCCACUAAAUCCCUUCCACAAUGAUUCCGGUUAUUUUUUCAGAAUUUCUAUCAGUGACCAAUGAGGAGUUACGCAAAUGGUAUGUCCGACAUAUUGUCCUUAUGUGACAUCACCAUGUCCUUGCAUGGUUCCAUCUUUAAAUGUGUUAACAUCUGCUGUUCCCUAACACCUGUCAGGCACUAGAUAUGAGUAUACCUGGCUGUAAUAUAUCAUUUUUGACUAAUAUUUAAUUUUAAUUUUAUUUUUAUUUAAGUAUACUAUAAAUUAACUUUUUUUUGUAAUUUGUAAUUAUUUUGUUUUAUUUAUAUUUAUUUUAGCAGUUGUAACUUGACUAGACUAGACUAGACUAGACUAGACUUGAAUUAGACUUAGAGCAUAUAGAUCCUUUUUAACACAUGUAGGUUUUUCUUAAUAUUUGGUGUAUGACAUGCUGGUUAUGUUUUUUCUGAUGUGUGUUUCUGAUACUUUUCUAUAAUUAUAAUUUAAUUUUCUUUCGGGUUUUUUUUUUACAGUAAGUAUUUAUUUGUAAGACUUGUUCACAACGUGCCAGAUGUUCAGUAAUGGCUUUGCUAACUUGCAUGUAGAUUACUUGUGAAACAUCGAGCCCAGGUGAAUUGGUUUAAACAGUUUUAAUCCAAGUUUUAUUAUAUAUAUUUUUUAACUAAAUUAUAAAUUAUAGUCUGAUUUAUUAUUCCUGUAGGUGUUUAAUAACAUGCAAUUAGUAGUUCAUGAUUCUCUGAUGAAUCCACCUUGUGUGUCAUACAGUAUAUGUUCAUUUUCAGAUUUCAUUGUUACUGCCUUUGUCUUCAUGUUCUUUUGUGUUGUUCCUAAUAGUGUGUCUGUCCUCCUGUUUAUAUGUCUGCGUCCAUCAAUCUGUCUGUUGUCAUCUUUGAAGUCGGAGGGCGCCACCCUCCCCUACCAGAUCCAACAGAGGCUCGCUCACUGAGCAUUAACACUGGCGAUCAGCAGACAGAGGAAAACCACUGACCCCUCUGCCACUGUAUCACAUGCAUGCACACAAGAACAGUCCACUCACAUAUCACAUGUUUACUUAAAAGAGUAUUCACUCUUCCCCAAUUAUACACUAGGAAUAUUAUAAAUUGGUCUAAUAACUGUAUACCGUUCACAUUCACAUGAGCGCAGAUGUGGUGCCAUUGUAUUCCAUUACCAGCAUAUAUCCUGUAUUUAGGAAUGAAGAACACUAGUUAUAAAAUGCACAGGGAUUGUCCAUGUACCAGCCUAUUUCGCAGUUUGCUUCAGUAUUUAUUCACAUGGAUGCUAGAUGACACUGGCAUGUUAUUGUCUUUAUUAUCAACCACUAAGCCUUAACCAGUUAACCCCUGAACCCCUGAAUAAACGUGACCUGCAUGUUUUUCUUAAAAAUAAAAAUAGCCAUGUUACCUUUCCUACUGCAUCAUUAAAUUCUAUGCUGCAAUCUUAUUUCUUAACAAUGAAAAAGUUUCAUCUUACUCUUCUAGAGUCUUUUAUAAAAUGUUUUGGAUUGUUAUUUUAUUUUUAAAUAAUAACCACGUUUUAACACGUUUUUGAGAUUUUCUGAUUUAAUACAGUACCUAUUAAUGUCCGAAUGUUAUAUUGCACCUUUCUGAUAUUGAUGUACAUUAAAAUCGUUAACAGUAAAUAAUACAACAAAUCAGUCCAUAUUCAGAACUGUUUAAAAAAAGUUAUGCUGGAACAUAAUUAUGUUUCUUGAUAAUGAUUCUCACACAUGCAUUAUUGCACAGAAGGAAUAGAUGUACACUAAUGUUCUUACAGCUGGAGCUGUUAAAUUCUAUCUAAUAAAAGAGAAAAAAAUAAUAAUAUAUAUUUUUCACAUUUGUCAUCACCAUCACAUUCACAAGUGCUAAUAUUUACUUAACUGAACAAAAAGAAGCCAUCAUAACCACUUGACAUUGACAACGACAUUCUUCCUACUAUCCAUGCUGUCAUUUCCCAAGCUUUUUUCCUUUUUUUGUUUUAUGUGUUGUUCUUUUUGUCUUUUAGCCGUCCAAACAAAGGAAGCCCUUCUCACAGUGAGAAUCCACAUCCUUCAUUUGACUCUUAGAGCCAAUCGUCUUUCCUCCUCCUCCUCCUCCUCUUCCUCUCUUUCUGUCUCUCCACCGCCUCUCUUUCUCUGUGCUUUAUCUCUGACCAAGUGCAUCCUGGGAUGGCUGAAUGACGAGCAUUACUGCAGCAGCAAGUACGGAUGAAGUGGCUGAAAGAAAAGUCCGAAAGAUAAAUGAAGAAUGUGGGAAAGCUCAUUCCCUCUAUAGGUCUGUACUAUAUACACUAAUCACAUUGUAAUGGGCAUCUGAAUAAUACGCCCAGUGUGGACUUGUGUGUCAGCAUAUGAUUAUACUGAAUUAUACUGAAGAUGCUGUGUGGUGUUUGUGUUUACACACUAGUCAAUGUCGACUUGAUCUAUAUAGAGGUGUCACACGAGCUAAAGGUGUAAGCUGUCUGCACGCCAGUAUUCAUGAUAGCGGAUACACAAAAUACACCAAACUUCAUGGUUUUGCACUUGUUAUGUGGUACUGUGUGUGAAUGUAUUCUUCCUGAAAGUUUGAACGUUAUUUGAUCCCACAGUGUUUGUUUUGCCCACAAUGUCUCUUGUGUUUUCCCUAGCAAACUAAUAAGUCCUGUCUGAUUGAAAUGUACAUACAUUAGAAUAUAUAUAUAUAUAAAUAUAUAUUAUUAAGAUGUGUGGUAUGAACAAAAGUCUCAGAAUUAUGUUUAUGUGACACUUUCAAGUCAGUGCGAUUUAUUUAUCUAUUGAUGAAACUAUCCGACCAAAGAGAAUGGUUGGUGAAUCUGUCUGUCAGCGGUUGAAAUAUUAUUGAUAAAUACAUUCAAGAAUCCUUCAUACCCUGACAUGAGGUUAAAUGAAUAUAGCACCUGUUCUUACUGAUUAUAUGGUGAACAGAUUCUGUUACUGUGUUGAUGUAUAUUUGUUGUGCAUCUCUGGGAGUUGUGCUUCUGUUGCCUUGUGUGGACAUUUACAUUUACUAGGUAUUAAUAAUGAAGUCAUUAUAUUGAAAAUGAACUGAUUGUAAAAUACAAGUUCAAGGUUAGUAUAUGUGUGUAUAUAUGGAGGGGUCUGCAGGCAACACCAAAAUCUCCACUCUGUAGUGGAACAGGUGUGUGUGUGAAUCUUACUGCUGCCAUGUGUAUCUUAUUGUGGUCUGGUGUUAUAAACUGGCCAAUGCUUUGUGAUUAAAUUAAAGAGUCUUUGUGUGGAA